AUGGCUUACAUUGAAUUCACCGUGAAUGGAAAAAAAUGUAUAGUGAACGAGCAGAUCCCCCGAGAGACAACUUUAAAUGCGUACAUCAGAUACUAUUUGGCCCUACCUGGUACAAAAGCAAUGUGCCAUCAGGGCAGCUGUGGUGCGUGCAUCGUGGCGGUGCGAGCAUGUCGACCGACCAGCGGUGUGGUGGAGACAUUCUCCGUAAAUUCUUGCUUAGUCCUUGUGUUCUCGUGUCAUGGAUGGGAAAUUACUACCGUCGAAGGUCUCGGAAAUCGACUUUGUGGGUACAGCGAGGAACAGAAGAGGAUUGCGGCUUUUAACGGGACCCAAUGUGGAUAUUGUACACCCAGCUGGGUCAUGCAACUACAUAGCUUAGAACACAAAUGCCUCACCAUGUUGGAACUGGAGAACUCUUUCGGGAGCAAUACUUGUCGCUGUACAGGUUAUAGGCCAAUUCUAGAUACAAUCAAGUCGUUCGCGGUUGAUGCCAGCCCAGAACUCUGUCAAAAAGUCCAAGACAUCGAAGACAUUAAACCAUGCAAUAAAACAAAAGAAUGUCAAAGAAAAUGUUCCUCAAAUAGUGACGAAAGUGACUGGUGUAUGAUCAACGAUUUAAAAAUCAUUCAAAACGAACCGACGAUUUCGUUUAAUUUCGGAAAGAAUAAAUUUUAUAAAGUUUGUAACGAGGAAGAAAUUUUUAAUGUUCUCAGUAAUUACGGAGUCAACUCCUACAGGUUAAUAGAUGGAAAUACUGCAAAAGGUGUUUAUGAAUAUUUCGACUGUUCAAGGAUAGAGUUAAUAAUUGAUAUAAGCUCCAUUAAAUCACUUAAAACCUAUCAGUUUGAUCAGAAUUUGAUCGUCGGUGCCAAUAUAAGUCUCGAGGAUUGUAUAACGUUAUUCAGGAGCACGGCCAAGUCGAGGAGUGAAUUCGCUUAUUUGGAAGAGCUUGCCAAGCAUAUUGAGCUUGUUGCUCACAUUCCUGUCAGAAAGAUUGGAUCCAUUGCUGGUAAUCUCAUGUUAAAACACGAGAUGCCAGAUUUCCAAUCCGACAUCUUUCUGAUUUUGGAAACGGUCGGAGCAAUUGUGACAUUACGAGAUGCAAAUAACCAUAAGUCACAUCUCACCCUAAGGGACUUUUUAAACUAUAACAUGCAAGGGGUACUGAUGUUGAGUAUAUCACUGCCUCCUUUAAGUGACAGUUAUAUCUUUAGGAGCUAUAAGAUACCACCUCGAAACCAAAACGCUUUAGCUAUAGUCAAUGCCGGUUUCUUGCUUAAAUUAAGCAAAGCUAACGUUAUACAAGAAGCAAGUAUCGUAUAUGGAAACAUCUCCGCCCACUUUAUCCACGCACGUCAAACUGAAAACUUUUUAAAAGGCAAGAAUAUAUUUAAUAACGAGGCAAUACAGGGUGCAAUAAAAUGUUUGAAUGAAGAAAUCGUUCCGGUCGAUAAUCCACCUAAGCCGCCGCCGGAAACCCGAAAAAAAUUGGCUAUUGGACUGUUCUAUAAGUUCAUCUUAAACAUCAGUCCUAAGGGCUUACCAAGUCCCAGAUACCGUUCCGGUGGCACGUUAUUCCAACGUCCAGUUUCCAGUGGCAAGCAAGACUUCCAAACCGAUCCAUCACUGUACCCUCUCAACGAACCAGUACCAAAACUGGAAGCGUUAAUCCAGGCCUCCGGAGAGGCUCAGUAUGUUAAUGAUAUACCACCACUCCCAAAGGAAGUGUUUGGGGCCUUCGUAAUGGCUACCGUACAUGGCGGAGAAGUUGACCACAUAGAUGCUUCUGAAGUUUUGAAUAUUGAAGGAGUUAUAGCCUUAUAUACGGCAAAGGACAUACCCGGUAUAAAUUCGUUUGGGUUUCCCGGUAUACAACUACAGUACGAAAAUGAGGAAAUCCUCGCGAGCUCCAACAUAAAAUUCUACGGACAACCAAUAGCAAUCAUUGUGGCCGAUACAGAGGCAUUGGCCGCUAGAGCAGCUAGAAAAGUCAAAGUUACCUACAAAAACGUACCAUCUACACCCCCAGUUCUGACCAUAGAUGAAGCGAAGAGAGACGCUAAAAGAUAUGCUCCUGGUGACAGCAAAAUUGAACCUAAGGGAAGAGGAAAUGAUGUGAAGAAAGUGAUCAAAGGUGUUUAUGAAAUAGGUGCACAAUAUCAUUAUUAUAUGGAGCCUUUAUCUUGUGUUGUCAUUCCUGUCGACAAAGGUCUAGAAGUUUACGAUUCAACGCAAUGGAUGGAUUUAACGCAAAUAGCAGUAGCCAGAUGUUUAGGCAUGAAGGAGAGCGAUGUGCAUGUGAAAGUGCGUCGUCUAGGCGGUGGUUUUGGCGGUAAAAUCAGCCGCAACGUGCAAGUUGCCACCGCGUGUGCUCUCGUCGCCAGGAAGACUGACCGGCCGUGUAGAUUUAUUCUACCUGUAGUGACCAAUCUCACUAUCGCCGGUAGAAGACUUCCGUGUCAGUGCGAAUACGAGGUAGGUGUUGACGAAAAUGGGAAAAUUCAAUAUUUAAAUGCUGCUAUAGUGGAAGAUGACGGCUGCUCUCACAACGAAAAUAUCUUGAGUUACACGGCCGGAGGCUUCCCGAACUGCUACAAUACGGAUUAUUUCAAACUAAGUACAGCGAGUGUUCUCACUGAUCUUCCUUCGAAUACAUUUGCCCGAGCUCCAGGUACAUCUGAAGGUAUCGCUUGCAUUGAAAAUAUAAUGGAGCACAUAUCUUACGCAGUACAAAGAGACGCGACCGACGUGCGUCUCGCGAACAUGAGAACUGAAGACAACGAUAUUCCUCAACUUAUAGAUAUCUUGAAAAAGAAAAGCGAAUACGACAGACGAGCUUUGGAGAUUCAACAGUUCAAUAAAGCUAACAGAUGGAUGAAACGGGCUAUACAAAUAAGCGUCAUGCUUUUCCCAGUCGAGUUCUACGGCAAUUACACAGCUAUGGUGUCAAUAUAUAGAGGAGACGCCACAGUGACAGUAACAACAGGCGGUGUUGAAAUGGGACAAGGAUUAAACACUAAAGCCGCGCAAGUCUGCGCAUACGAACUAGGCAUUCCACUAGAUCUAGUAACAGUUAUACCUAAUUACUCCUUUGUAGCAGCCAACAACGUCUUCUCUGGUUCUAGUAUUACGAGCGAAAGUGUUUGUUAUUCGAUUAUUAAAGCGUGCAAUAUACUGAAGUCUAGAUUGGAGCCAAUUAAGCAGCAAAUGACUGAUCCAACCUGGUUACAAAUAAUACAAAAGGCCGGAGAGGAGGAGAUAGAUUUAACAGCGUCGUAUAUGAUGACUGAAAAGGAGCCUGACUUGCAAAGUUAUAGCGCUUUCUCAGUUACUAUUUUAGAGGUUCAAUUGGACGUGAUAACUGGGAGAUAUGAAUUGCUGAGGGCUGAUAUAUUAGAAGAUGUCGGGUUAAGCGCAAACCCAGCAGUUGAUGUUGGCCAGUUGGAAGGGGCUUAUGUUCAAGGGUUGGGAUAUUUUCUGACGGAGGACUUCGUAUACGACAAACAAACGGGGAAACUAUUGACCAACAGGAGCCUCAACUACGAGGUGCCUCUUGCGAAGGACAUUCCUAUUGACUACAGGAUCUAUUUCCGUUACAACUCGAAAAAUCCUAAAGGAGUGCUGGGAUCUAAAACGGUUGGUGAAAUGGGCAUUUGUACAGCGCACGGCGUCACGCAUGCACUCCGUAAAUGCAUCUACGAAUCACGUAAGGAAUCCGGUUAUAAUACGCAAGAAUGGAUUAACAUAGAUCAUCCAUACAACACGAAAUCUAUACUAAAAGCAUUGGAUGUCAAAUUGAGUGAAUUUGUUAUUACAUAA